AUGGGCUGGACUGGACUGCCAGGCAGAGAGCUUGGGCCCGGCCCUCCACACCCUGUCUGGGCGUACGCACACGCGCACGACCACACCACCACCUCCACGACGCCUGGAGCUGACUGUCUGACCAUCACUCGCACACCAUGGCCACUUGCUACUGCUGCUGCUGCUGCUGCUGCUGCUGCUGCUGAGAGACUCCCCCGUCCACCACCCCAGCGCCACGCUCUGCCCUGCUUAGCCCCUCUGCCACACACCUGCUCCACCACGUCCAUCAUGGCUGUAGGCUCCCUCCCAGACCUGCACACGGCCGUCGAACGCGGCACUGGCCAAAGGUUUGGCCAUGUUGUCAUCAUCGUCGCCGGCGUAUGUGCUCUCGUCGCCAGUCUGGUCACUUUCGUCGCCGUGUGGUUGCAGACCAAGAACUACAGAAAGCCGCUUCUUCAGCGAUAUGUCGUGCGCAUCCUCCUCAUGGUGCCCAUAUACGCCGCCGCCUCCUGGGGCAGCCUCAUGUCGGUCCAGGCAGCUUCCUGGAUUGACCCCCUCCGCGACAUCUACGAGGCCUUCACCAUCUACACCUUCCUGCAGCUGCUCAUCAAUUUCAUUGGCGGCGAGCGCGCUCUCAUCAUCCUCAUGACAGGUCGAGCACCCGUCUCCCACCCAUGGCCCAUGAGCCUGUUCCUUCCCAAGCUCGACAUCUCCGACCCCCACACCUUCCUGGCGGUGAAGCGCGGCAUUCUCCAGUACACCUGGGUGAAGCCGCUGCUGGCUCUGGCCGCCAUCAUCAUGAAGGCUACUGGCGUAUACAAAGAGGGCUACAUUGACGUCACCUCUGGCUAUCUUUGGAGCAGCAUCAUCUACAACAUUAGCAUUACCUUGUGCUUGUACGCCUUGGCCAUGUUCUGGGUCUGCAUGACGGACGACUUGCAGCCAUUUCGACCCAUGCCCAAGUUCUUGUGCAUCAAGGGCAUCAUCUUUGCCUCGUACUGGCAAGGCUUCUUCCUCUCCAUCCUCGUUUGGCUGGGCGCCAUCCCAGAUGACGUUCCAGGCUACAGUACGGAUAACCUUGCUGCCGCGAUCCAGGAUGCCCUCAUCUGUUUCGAGAUGCCUCUCUUCGCUCUGGCACAUUGGUACGCCUUCUCGUGGCACGACUACGCUGACAACACCAUUUCCGCUGCUCGUCUGCCUGUCAAGUACGCCUUGCGCGACGCUUUCGGACCUUUGGAUCUGAUUCAAGACACCAAAGAGACUUUUGCUGGUAACAAGUACGAAUACCGCCACUUUGAUGCGCGAGACAACGUCCUUGCUCACGAAGAAUCGACUUCUCGCGCCGCUCGUAUGAAAGAGGGCAUGAGGUACGAGAGAAACGGCAAGGGCAAGUAUUGGAUUCCGAAGCCAGGCCAAUCCUCCGAACACGAACCGCUUCUGCAUAAGGUCUCUCAUGGCCGAGCCAGGGCUAUGAGUCCAGGUCCGCACCGUGCCCUUGAAGGCGGAAAGUACGCCACCCCCGACCAGGUGGAAGAGCCAAAUCUGGAGCCCGAGGAUGAGAGGCUGUUCGACAGUGCGCGUGCUUUGGAAUUUGGCGACUGGAAUUACCCCGUCAUUGAGGCACAUCGAGCUGGGCGCGAGGAUCGGUUCACAACAGAACCUCCUAUGCUCACCGCUUCCACAAACCGAAACUUUUUACAACCGACAGCGGACAACAAGCGCAGACGCAAGAGUCAGAUCAAGAAGAUACAAGAAACAAAAGGCAAGCACAGGAGCGAUUCGUCUAGCAAUGGCGAGUCAUCACGGUCCAAAUCGCAAGUCCCACUUGUCGGCACCCUCUUGCGCCAAAAGUCAUCUUCCUCUGCCGCCUCCGCCAAGACCGAUAAGAGCCAGCUCGUUGAUCUUGUCGUCGAGGACCAUGAUGCUGAAGAAGUCGACCGCGUUCGAGCGCGCAAGGAAGGUGGACCGGCCUGGAAUGAAGUGGAGAACAAGCAUUUUGUCCACACAUACCCAGAGGACGGGCAGUCUGAGGAGGUUCGUGAAGGCUUUGAGCCAGAUGUCCCCGAAGCACACAACCCAGAGCGUGUCCACAACCUCGAUUACCCAUUCCGAGUGGGCGAUGAUGAGGACGAGGAAGACAAGAAAGACUUUAAGCCACCCGUCAACGAAGAGGCUGAGCGAUGGGAGACUCGCGAUUACAGCGAAAACGAAGACGCUCAGGACGCCGCUCAGAACCCCCAAGAGGAUAGACCGAGUCCUAACUACGGCAGCUUUGGGGAAGAGCGAAACGUUUGGAACCAGGACUGA